CGAUAGAUAGACAAUACGUCCUCCGACAGAGUAUUGCAACACGCUGUCCACUCAGCGAGGUUGUAGGUCGGACUGUUGCUGUAAUGUCGAAAAAGUCUCGUGCCGCUUCUGCUCCCCCCAAGGAAGCAGAAAAGCCCACAACGACCCCCUCAGAAACCACGAUUGAUCCUCAAAUCGGCUCAUUCGAUAACCUGCGCAGCAAGAUUGAAGCGCGAUUACAUACUACCGGUCCGAAGAAUGUUAAGAGCCACGGCAAAAAGCAGAAGUCUGCUCAAUCAGAAAAGAAGGGCAAUCAGAACAGCACUGCGGUAGGCACGGACAGAGGAAAAAAGCGUGACAGCACAGGCAAUGUUCUUACCCGUCAAAAACCAUCUGCAGAGAAACAACGACCACAAGAGGCAGAUGACGAGGAUGAAGUACUCCGAGCAGAAGUUGAGGCUUUGGGUGGCACUUCAGAAGAUUUGGACUUGCUUGCCGGCGCUGAAUCGGAUUCCGAGCUCGAAGGCGAAGGAGUCAAGGAAAUCGAGCAACCACGCAAGUCUCGUGCUCGUAAGAACGAUAAUCCUGAAGGCCUAGGUAAUGGUAUGAAGAACAUCUUGAAAGAGAUUGCGCUGGCACAGGGCAAAAGCGAUCAAGACCAGGAUGGCCUGGAUGAGGAAGAAGAUGACGAAGAGGAGGAGGACCAGGCCCCAGCAGCCAAUGCUGGUACACAAUUAAAUGGCAAGUCGAAUGCCGAAAAGAACCAUGCGUUGCCCGCGGAAAAGCGUGGGAAGCAGCCACAAUUUCUUUGCGAGCCCAAGCCUGACUGGUACGACGUGCCUGGACCCAACGUCAACACUGAACAAGCACGGGAGUAUACACCCUCGCAUGAUACCAUAUACCAGCUUGCAGACUAUGCGAGAUCACUUUUGGAAGAGGAGAACCAGAGGUUCAAAGAAUCGCAGCAAUCGUCAUCUGCACACUCAUUCUACAACACAGUCAUCACCUCAGGCACAUUAUCUGACAAGGUUUCUGCGUUGACACUGGCGGUUCAAGAGUCGCCCAUUCACAAUAUGCGAGCACUCGAAAGUCUCAUGGCAUUAGCACGCAAAAGGAGUCGAUCGCAGGCCCUGGAUGUCCUUCGAGCUCUCAAAGACUUGUUCGCACAGGGCUCUCUUCUACCUGAAUCGAGAAUGCUCUCUGCUUUUCAUUCUCAGCCUGCUCUUUCAUAUUUGUUCGGGCAGAUGAGGGCCUGGAGAAAGGGCGACAAACUGCCACGGGGCCUACAGCAGGCUCACCUUGUGUUAUGGGCAUUUGAGAGUUGGCUCAAGGAGCAGUAUUUUGAAGUGUUAAAGAUCUUGGAAAAUUGGUGCGGCGAUGAAAUUGAGUAUUCAAAAGCACGGGCCGUUAGCUAUGUGUACGAAUUGCUCAAAGAGAGACCGGAGCAAGAGGCCAACCUGCUCAGACUGUUGAUCAACAAACUUGGAGAUCCAGUGAAAAAGAUCGCGUCGCAAGCGUCUUACUUGCUGAUGCAACUACUGAUCGCUCAUCCGGCCAUGAAGGCAGUUGUCAUCUCAGCUAUCGAGAGCGAUUAUUUGUUCAAACCUGGCCAGAGCCUGCAGGGUAAAUACUAUGCGGUGGUUACGCUCAACCAGACCGCACUCAGCGCGAAGGAGGAGGACGUGGCCAAAAAGUUGCUUGACAUAUACUUUGGCAUGUUCACAGGUCUCUUGAAGCCCGUGGCCGCCCCGUCGGAGGACAAGACAGAUGAGACACCACCUCAACCUCAACAAGGGCGAAGGAAAAAACCCAAAAAGCCAGCGGUUUCAGGGGAAGCACAAACGGAAGAGCUGAGAGAGAAGUUGAUUUCAGCCAUUUUAACUGGUGUCAAUCGUGCGUAUCCUUAUGUGGGCGCGGAUGGAACCAGUUUUAGUGACCAUCUCGAGACCCUGUUCAAAAUCACUCACUCGUCGAACUUCAACACCAGCGUCCAGGCGAUGAUGCUCAUACAGCAGCUGUCGUCUAGCCACAAGGCCUCACACGAUCGAUUCUACAGGGUGUUGUAUGAGUCUCUGCUGGAUCCUCGUCUGGUCAUUGCCUCGAAACAACAACUAUACCUGAACCUGUUGCACCGCUCGCUGAAAGGCGAUCUGAACGCUAAGCGGGUCAAGGCAUUCGUCAAAAGAAUGUUGCAGAUAAUGUCCUUGCAUGAGCCAUCCUUCAUUUGUGGAGCGUUCUUCCUGAUCCAAGAUCUCGAGAGGACUUUUCCUUCACUCACCGGACUCAUCGACCAGCCGGAAGACCAUGACGACGACGAAGAAGUGUUCCGGGACGUGGAUGAAGAUGAUGAUAAUGCAGCCCAGACUCCUGACAAUCCUCAGGGCAACUUAUACGACGGACAUAAACGUGUUCCAGAGCAUGCCAACGCAGACAACAGCUGCGCGUGGGAGAUACUGCCUUUCCUUGCCCAUUUCCAUCCAUCAGUAUCCGUGAGUGCGGACCAUGUCUUGCGACACGCCAAAUUACCUGGCAAGCCUGAUCUCACUUUGCACACUCUAAGUCAUUUCCUGGACCGUUUCGUCUACCGCAAUGCAAAGCUGUCAUCGUCUGGCCUGCGUGGAUCGUCUAUCAUGCAACCUAUGGCCAACGAUACACAGAAUGUGCUGAUCGGCAAUGCGCUGGGUGCUCAGCGCAAGCUGCCUGUCAACAGUGACGCUUUCAAGAACAUGAAGGGUCAUGAGGUGGCAGCGGAUGACGUGUUCUUCCACCAAUACUUCUCGAAUCUGGGCAAAGUGACGGACAAGAAGGCGCAAAAGAAGAAGGGUAAGGACGAGGAGGCGGAGUCAGGUGACGAAGAUGAGGUAUGGAAGGCCAUGAUGGAAAGUGCACCGGAUCUUGAGGGUCUGGAAGAUGAUGAGGACGAUGACAUUGAUUUGUCAGAGCUCGAGUCGGAGAUGGAUGCUUCAGAAGGUGAAGACGACGAAGCAGAGGACAUGGGUAAAUUUGACGAGGGAGUCGAUCUUGAUCCGGCCAUUUUCGAUGAAGAUGAGGAUGACCUGAUGGAUCUGGACGAGCAGGCUGGUGGUGACGGUGAUGCCUUUGAAGGAUUCCAUAGUGAAGAAGAACAGACCUCGGACAAGAAGAAGGGUGGCAAGAAGAAGCAGAACAAGAAGAAGACGAAGGGGCUGCCGACCUUUGCUACUGCGGAGGACUAUGCGAAGAUGCUGGAUGAUGAUGAGGAUGAAGAUACAGGGAGAUAAAGGGAGGUGAAAGACCUCGUCGUCAUGUCGACGGUGAUGGUCACGUGAGGUCGCAUGUGAGGUGAUUGUUCUUACUCUAUUCGUAUUGAGCAUCUCACCACUUGUCCUUCGCAUGAACCGUUGUUUCCCGAACACAAUCCACAAUUCUAUUUGAG